AAACAGAUCAAUCAUACUGUUAUAGCACUUAUCCCUAAGACUAGUCACUCCCCAAAAGUCUCGGACUAUCGACCCAUUUCUUGCACAAAUGUUUUGUAUAAAGUCAUUACUAAGAUUAUUGCGGCUAGAUUAACCCCGUGCCUCUCGGGGUUGAUUAAUCAAGCCCAAGGAGCGUUCGUCGAUGGCCGCCUAAUGUUUGAUAACAUUUUCCUAGCCCAGGAACUUGUUAGAGGAUACAAUAGGAAGCGAAUUUCGCCAAGAUGUAUGAUUAUGGUGGAUUUGCGCAAGGCUUACGACACGAUAUCAUGGGAUUUCCUUGAAAAAGUCUUAUUGGGCUUGGGCCUCCCAACUCGAUUUGUUGGAUGGAUAAUGGAAUGUGUCUCGACGUCCUCGUUCUCGGUCUCCUUAAAUGGAUCACUGUUUGGAUUCUUUAAAGGAAAAAGAGGAAUACGGCAGGGAGACCCUAUGUCUCCGCUGCUCUUUGUUUUGUGUCUUGAAUAUUUCUCUCGGUUACUCACGUUGAGAACCAAGGGAAAUAAUUUUAACUUCCACCCCCAAUGCUCUUCCUUGGGUAUUACCCAUUUGGCCUAUGCGGAUGAUCUUAUGCUUUUUUCUAGAGGUGACACGUAUUCAGUGGAAAUAUUGGUCAACGCUCUGAAGGACUUUGGGGACGUAUCGGGCCUUAGGGUAAACCACGAAAAAUCUAAUAUUUUCGUGGGUGGGGUGAGGGACCAAGAACUUCAAAACAUUUUGGAUAUUGUUGAUUAUAGACAAGGCGUAUUUCCGGUAAGAUACCUUGGAAUACCUCUUGCUCCACUUAGGAUUUCGGUUGCACAAUAUGCACCAUUACUUGAUACGGUCAAUGAUUUUUUAAAAGCUUGGAAUACAAAAACAUUGUCCUAUGCCGGGAAAAUUGAACUAAUCCGCUCAGUAAUUCAAGGGGUUCAAUCUUUUUGGCUCCAAAUUUUCCCGGUUCCUCGAACCAUAUUGGAUAGGAUAGUAUCGAUUUGUAGAAUCUUCCUAUGGGGUGGGAAAUACUCCAAGGUCUCGUGGGAUGACAUCUGUCUCCCAAAGGAGGAAGGUGGCCUUGGCAUCCACAAUGCCAAAGUUUGGAAUGAUAGUCUUUUGGCCCGCACACUAUGGGAUGUUCAUAGGAAAAAGGAUACCCUGUGGGUUCGGUGGAUUAAUGGAGUAUAUCUUCGGGAUAAAAAUGUGUGGGACUUUGUCCCACAUAGCCGAGACUCUCAACUAAUGAAGAGGUUGGGUCUCAUCCGAGAUAGACUGCGAGGAUGUUUUAAUAACUUAAAUGACACCGUACUAGGUUUAAAUGCGAGAUGCAUCAAUGAUAAGUUGGUGUCGGGAAAAAUAUAUGAACUUUUAAGAGUAAGAGGGACCCCUAGGACCCCGAUGACCUUCAUUUGGAAAUCCUACAUCCCUCCGAAGUUCUCUUUUAAUGUAUGGUUGGCUUUGAGGAACAGACUUCCUACACAGGACAGUCUCGGAUACCUUUAUAUUGUUAAUAGAUGUGAUCUGUGCAAGGGUGGAUUGGAAACAAUUCCACACCUCUUUUUUUGUUGCCCUUUUGCGUGCAGAGUUUGGGACAAAAUUAGAGCAUGGGUCGGAUUUGGGAAUCAGAUGAAUACACUCCUUAGUGCAAUAAAAUGGAUUUCUAAGAAACGCAAGGGAUCAACGUUGAAGGCCAAGGCAGGACGGCUUGCUUUUUGUGCGACGGUUUACCAUAUCUGGCAAGCAAGGAAUAACGCAAGAUUUGAUGAAGGCAUGAAGUCUGAAGAUGAUGUGGUAGCCAAGAUCAAGCAUGUGGUGUAUAAAAUACUUUACAGUAUUUACCCGCAUGAUCUGGUGAAGUUCUGAACUAGGAUACCACGAUAUGGAGAUUAUGGAUAUCGUGAUUUUUGAUGUGGGUGUAUGUACCUUGCGGCACCCCGUUUUUAUUUGGAUUUUUUGUAGCCUCCGAUAGGUGUGUGCAAUUUGGCAGCACCGCUAUGUUUUGAUUAUUUUGAUGGGCCAAGUUUACUUGGUGAUUUCCAUAGAUAAGAUCGAAGAAAAACCUCUCUUCACCCCACAUUAUGUGGGGUUGGGGGGG